AUGAUUUUUAUAGAGACAGAGCAAAAACAAAUAGAGAAACGGACUGAUUUAGAAGUGGGAUCCACUUCCAGUGGAGUCGGAUCCACUUCCAGUGUUACCAUUACUAAGUCGGUCACAACUUCUUCAUGUACUUCAAGUACACAAAAGAAUUUUAAAUCUGGUGGUGGAGUAGCCAGAAGUGGCAGCGAUAUAAAGGAUAUGUUGAUUAGAUGGUCGAGGGCUAAGACCAAGGAGUACGAGAAUGUGAAUAUCGAGAAUUUUUCUGGCAGUUGGGCCGAUGGACUCGCAUUUGCCGCACUCAUACACCACUUCUUUCCCGAUGCCUAUGACUUUAAAGAGUUGGACUCAAAGAAUAGACGCCGAAACUUUGAACUGGCCUUCAAAACGGCUGAGGAAAGGGCUGAUAUAUACCCAUUGAUAGAUCCGGAGGAUAUGGUUGCCAUGAAAGACAAACCCGAUUGGAAAUGUGUGUUCACUUAUGUUCAGAGUAUUUACCGCAAACUCUAUGAUAAACCUUAA